CGGUGCCCCGGGGGGCGGGGCAAAGCCAAAGCCCCCUUCCCCCCGUUGGCCCACCAAGCUGGCUCGAGGCUGCAGGUUGGCUGGACACCCCCGACUGGGUUGGGCCAGCUGGGAGAUUUAAGUGCAGCGUCCAGUUGGCUGAGGAAGGAGGGCAAGGAUGGGGCCGGGCUGGCUACUGCCCGUGCUGGGCCUGGCGCUGGUGCUGGCUGAGGGGUCCCAGGCACAGGAGCAGCUCCCUAGGGCAUCCCACAACCUCAAUUGGAGCAAGUUUUCAGGGUUCUGGUACAUUCUUGCCGUUGCCUCCGAGGCCCGGGGGUUCCUGCCAGGCCGAGACAAGAGGAAGCUGGGGGCUUCGGUGGUGAGGGUUCAGAAACCCGGGCAGCUGAAGGUGGUCCUUGCCUUUAACCGGUCCCAGGGGUGCCAGGCGCACUCGCUGAUCCUGCGGCGAGAUGGCAAGAAGGCGGUGUUCAGGAACGCCCGUGCGUACGGCCGUGGGAGAGUGGGGGGAGCCCACGACCCUGGGGAGGGCCCCGGCCGCAAUGCCCCCCGACCGUCCUUCCCCGGGCGGGGCGCCGGGGGGCUGUCAGGCGGCUCUGUGCUUCUCCUCCGUCCAGCAAGGGGCGUGGAGGGCUUCCGCGUGCUGUCCACGGACUACAGCGCUGGCGUGGUUGACCUGCGCCUGGGCCGGGCCGGCCGGGCCACCAAGACGCUGCUGCUCUUCAGCAGACGGGACACGUCCAGCUUCCUGAGCCUGAAAAAGUUUGCGGACGUGUGCAGGGUGCUGGAGCUCAGCGACGCGCUGACCAUCCUCCCCAAAGACGGUAAACGUGGCCCCAGACGCGCGGGCUGCCGGGACAGCACCGUCCCUGGCCCCACACCCAUCCCGUGGGGGGCAGAGAGGCAGGGAUGACUGGGGCCCUUUUUAAAGGCCUGAAGCCACCGUGAGGGCAU